AAAUAUGCGAAAACUCGGAUGCAUAUGAAAGAGACGGAUCUUCCCAUCAACCAGGAACAUCUCUUGUACACACUCUGCGAAUUUUCCAUUGUUGUCAUCACCAACUUGAGAAAGAUGGGCAUAAAUCCCACGCCCAACGAAGUAACUGCUUACCUUCACUUGUGGCACGUCAUCGGUUACUACCUGGGCGUGACGGAAGAGUUCAGCAAGCGCAUUGUAUCUGAGAAUGGUGCCGCUGCUCUAUUCGUGGAGAUGGAGAAAGAUUUAGUCCAUCCAGGCGAAGCCGGGAAGGAGGCUGCAAAAGCCCUGCUCGGGAACAUGGCCCUGAGACCACCCAUGUUCUGGCCUUACAACUUACACGGGGCCGUCAUGCGAAAGCUCGUCGGAGACGAGAUCACCAGUUCACUGGGAAUUGAACCAACGCCUUGGUACUGGAAGAUGAUAGCCAGCGGCGUGCUCUUCAAUGUUAGGCUGCUACAUAGCUCGAAUCUAUUUGUUCGGCCGAGAAUCUACUUGUACCGGAAAUUCACUCCUCCUCUUUGGGUUGUACUUUCCUGGAUAGGAAAACGCAUUUCCAGCAGGAAGGGCGAAUCUGAAGAAAAAGGAGGCUGUCAGUUCGAGCGUCCUAAGUUAGGGCCCGAUACGUCGAAAAAAUAUUAGGUACUCCGAGCUACUGAUCCUUCAAACUGAUUCGAAUUUUGACACGGUGUUCUGGGUCAGCUUACUAGUGACUGAUCAUGAUCCUUUGCAGAAGUCUAUGGCUUUCAGAAUGCGAAGAAGAUGUAUUCGCACAAGCGACUAAGAUACUCGCGAUCACAUAUAGAGAAUACUUUUGACAUCUUGGGAUCUGGCCUUUGUGCGGGGGAAAACUUAGAACGACUUCAGCAGUGUCACUAUUUCGAGAGCCGAUUGCGUAUUACAGACGGAGUAAACAUACAGUUUAUGAUCAGAAUGUGGAAAAUGUGUACAUAUUUACCAAAUAAUUUAUGAAGGCUUCUUUCUCUGGC